CACUGGGUUGUAGAAGAUGUCUGCCGCGGGUGCUGGAGGUUGCGGACCCGGGCCAGGACCCAGUGUCGGUCCUGGAUCCGGGGCCUCCAACCCACGAAAGUUUAGCGAGAAAAUAGCCUUGCACACUCAACGUCAGGCUGAAGAGACAGCUGCUUUUCAGGAGGUUAUGAUGGACAUUACCUCGACACGGAUUCAGGCUCAGAAGCUGCGGCUGGCUAGAACACAGGGCCUUUACUAUGGUGGCUCCCUACCAAAUGUCAACCAGAUUGGAAGGAACAACCCUGACCUUCAGGGCCCAUUACACUCUAAUCUGGACUCCAGUCGUUCCACGCGGCACCAUGGCCUGGUGGAGAGAGUCCACAGAGACAGACGCUUCAUCUCUCCCAGUCGGCCAUACAGGAGACAAAUGGACAGCUCUCAUUGCAGCUCUGCUUACCUGUCUCCACCGUCCGACCCCAGCUGGAGAAGGAACUGGUCCGGUAAUUUCUCCAUGGACAAGAACCCGUUGUUCCGUCUUCCCACCACAGCACUCAGCAGAACAAACUCAGACUCUGCCCUGCACACCAGUGUGAUGAAUCCUCCCCCAUCAGAUUCAUUUAGUGCUGCUCACACCAUAAACCCCCAGGGACGGCGGAGUGGUUUGACGGAGGGUGACGAACGGAGAAUGUUCCCAUACCCAGUCCCCCCCAUAGAGGAAAAUGUGUUGGAUGAAGGCAAGCUUCUGAAACCAUGGGACACCAAGAAGUUACCUCUGCUGUCCUCGCGACCAAAGUCUUGUGAAGUCCCUGGAAUCACUAUAUUCCCCUCACCAGACCAGCAGUCUGGUGCCCCUCAUGUGCCGUCCGCGUUGAAUACGGGGGGUUCUCUGCCAGAUCUGUCUAGUCUGCACUUCCCCUCCCCCCUGCCAACACCACUGGACCCAGACGAGCCUGGCUACCCGUCCCUCAGCGGGGGCAGCAGCACUGGCAACCUGGCCUCCACCCUCACUCAGCUCGGCAUCAACACCACCACUGCCUUCCACUCUCCAGGUCUCUUGGCCUCUCUACAGGGCACACUCAGUAAUCCCUCCCUCCAGUCGUCCCUUAGCAACCCCAAUAUCCAGUCAUCUUUGAGCAGCCAGUCCUUCCCCAACUCCCUUAGCUCCACCUCUCUGCAGUCAUCACUUAGCAACCCCUCCAUACAGUCCUCUCUCAGCUCCUCCCCUUCUAUGCAGUCCUCCCUCAGCAACCAGUCCCUGCACUCCUCCCUGAGUAACUCUUCCCUAAGUGGCCAGUCCCUGCAGUCAGCAGCGAACACGGUGGCUGGCUCGGGCCCCUGUCUGGGUUCGUUCCCGCCGCACUUACCUGGCCAGGUGCAGCCACCGCUGGCCACCUCCCCCAGGAAACGAACGCAGCUCUCGCCGCUCAACCUGCCCAUGGGACCGGAGUCCCGCAGGCAUCAUUCCAAACAGUUCUCCCCCAUCUCCUCCCCCACGCUGUCUGCCAUCACACAGGGUGUUCCAUUGGAUACCAGUAAGCUAAUGAUGGACCAGCGGUUACCGCCAUACCCGUACAGCCAGUCGCAGCACGUCCAGAGUGCUGACGCACAGAAAGGCGGCCCCUCGCCACAGUCCGGCCCUGCGACGGCCCAGCAGCAGCACCACCACCACCACCAGCACGCGGCCCAGCCGCAACAGCAUCACCCGCACCGCCCGCCGGGCCACUUGCCCUCGUCCGCCAUGCAGCUGCACAUGCACAACAUGCAGAACCUGCGCAAGAGCCAGAACUUUCAGCAGCAGCAGCAGCAGCAGCGGCGGCGACAUGGCCCCCAACUGCAGGCUCCGCAGGAGCAGCCAUCCGGUGGCAACCUCACGGAGGCGCACGGGCAGGCACCGGCGGCCUCGCAGGAUCCGGCCACGCCGCUGGGCCCUCAGCCACGGGCCAACAGCCAGGCGGGCGAGCACGAGCAUCAGAGCCAGAGCCUCCCUCAGCUUCAGCACACCAACCAGAGUCUAGCCAGUGAUCUUGGACUUUACAGUGACUCCUUGUUACUGAACUCUCUUCUGGAUGAUCCAUACCUGGGCCUGCAGCUUACUGGCAGGCAAAAUCAGACUCUUUCUCAGCAGUUCAACAUUGACUCUCAGGUUGAGGGUUUGUGCUUUAAUCACAAUCUGAGCUCUGGUAACCCCAAUAAGGCCCAAGAUGGCUCCUACCACAGCCACCAGGGGGUGCUAGAUCUGUUGGAAUCUACAGAGCAGCAGUUCCUGAACCCAAAUCAGAAUCAGGGCUACGGCAGUGGACGACACACUGUCCCCAACAUCAUACUGACUGGAGACUCUCCACCCAGUCUGUCAAAGGAGAUCACCACUGCUUUGUCUGGAGUGCCAGGCUUUGAGGUGGACCCUUUCUCAUCAGAUGACCCGCUCAGGAUGGAUCCGCUGGCGCUGGAUGGCUUUGGCAUGCUUGCCGAUGGAGAGCUGAUGCUGGCCGACCCUGCCGUGGAGGACUCCUUUCGCUCUGACCGCCUCAAGUGAACAUGAUGAGGGAAGGAGCGAUGGAGGUACCGGGAGAAUGGAGGGAUGGAGGUGGCGGGGAUGGGUGGAAGCUUUUGGAUCCAAGAAGGGAUUGUCCCCAGCAUCUCCAAGUGAGAAGUCUUUAAGGCAUUCCAGUGAAAUUUCCCGUCUCCACCAUCUACAGGCUUGAAAACUGUUGAACAGAUUUACUGAGAGGGACCAAAUAUGUUUGUUUCUCAAAGUCUUGGUCCGCUUGUUUGUUGGGGCUUUUUUUUUUUUUUUUGGUUGUUCGGUUUUUCUUAUUGUUUUGGGUUGUUUUUUAAAAAAGUUUUUUUGCUAUAUGCGCCAGGCACUUAAUGAGAUGUUUCCUGUGAUGCAAAAGUAAAUGUAUGCAUUAGGUUGUCGUAAGUCCUAACUGCAUGUUAACAAAAUGCACUUCAGGUUACGUGACUCGCAAACAGGCAACAAGCCUGUGAUACCGGCUUGCUGGAAAGGAGUCUCGUUCCACUCGAAAAGACCACUUUAAAAUCUGUGAAAGGAGACGCUCGUUUCACAUCCACUGUUCCCCAGGGAAGGACUCUGGGAAAACAGGCCACGUUCCUUUGUGGUCACAGAAGAGGAAUCGCCAAAUACGACCAUAUGACCAAGUCGACCACGUCACUGUACGCCACUGAUUGUAAGGGUUCUACUUUUAGUACACCUGCCCCUACAGAACGAGUAUUUAUUAUUUUCAAGCUGAAACGUGGUUGCUUACAGAGACAGGAGAUUCUUGAUGUUCAUGGCCCCCACCACUGAUCUAUAUUAGCCUCAUAUUUCUAUAACGGAACGUUGAGUGUGUUCAGUCUCCCCUAAAGCUCUAAAGUCUGAAAGGUGGAGAAGUGGCUUAAUUUACACUCAUUGCACCAAAGUAUUUUUAAAAAUCAGUUUUUGCUUGAAGACAAACUCUGAAAUGUUGAAAUUAGACUUAUUUGGGACUUUUGACCAAAAGGUCUGUCCCCAAGAAGCCACCCCCGGUUCUGUUUAUGCUCCAGCUGAAAGGAAGCCUGUCUUGUGGAUGUGACCAGUGGCAGUGUGUGUCAGAGGCUGAUUUACUGGAGCUCUGUUCAACUCUUGCGUGUGCCACCCCCCACUACUGCCUUGAACAGAAAGCUGCAGUCUCGCUAAUAUUGCAUAGCCUAUGCCGUCGCAUUAAAGUUGCAUGAACUGAAUUAUCAGGAAGGUGAUUCGCACACAAAAUGGCAGCACGUUAAUGCAUCUGUGUUCUAAUGGCUGUCCCUUGUGUGGUUUGCUCGUCACUGGUGGAACGCGUUUGGAGCCAGAGAAUGCAGUUAGAUUUUCAGUCACUGUGAUAUGCACCUCGUACUGCUCCCUCUGCCUGCCUUUGCACACGCCCACUCCUGAACAAGGCCAUAUUGAAUGGACUUUAUGUAUUUUCUGUGACAAAUAAUGUGUACUAUGAAGUUUUAUUUUUUAACAGAGUUCGAGUCUAGAUGUAAAUGUAUAUAAUUGUAUUCGUAUAAUAAUAUAAGUCUAUAAAUUAAGGAAGAGAAGCCUAUUUCUGAUAGUGUACCAAAGCAUCGUCAUUCAGCAGGUUGUUUUGUUUCUGUCUGCCUUCUGUCAGUGUUUGCUUUAUCUUUGAGCUUUUUUUUUUUAUUAUUAUUAUUAGUUUGAGGUUGGUUUUUUUUUUUUUUAUCUAUCCUUGAUCAUUUUAGAAAACAUGUACAGUUGCAGUGUUUAAUGUCCCUUAAUGGGUGUUUGCUUGUUAAUAGCACUCAAGUUCAGUUACAUUUUUCCAUGUGAAAUAGAAGCAUAAGUAUGACUCAUGGCGGGAAAGCCUUUUUUUUGUUUGUUUGUUUGUUUUUUUUUGACUAACAAUAUGAAAACCAGUUGUACCGUAUUCCUGUAGGUAGAUGAAUGUAGUUCACACACUUUGUUGCCGCUUGCUCUGUACAGUGAAAGGGAUGCCUAAUGUCACCCUUGUUAGCGUUUUGGGGGAUACAAAUGCGUAACCUUGAUGUUUUCUAAAUCCCCCUCUGAGUUAGGAUCUAGUGCUCUCCUCCAUACUGUUCCCACUAGUACUUGUUUAUCCGGCAGUUUUCAUGCAUUUCACAUGCGCGUCAAAGUGCUGUACAGAUGCAAUCAAAUAAGCCAAGCAGAUAAAUAUGUUCAACAAGACAGGAAAUGUAAAAAUGAAUGCAAUGGUUAAAACUCUGAAGAAAGGACCUAAAUUUAAAAAAAAAAAAAAGGAAAAGAAUCUGAUGGAUUGCUAAAAAACUAAAGCCUUGACUUGUAAGAGGUGCCUGAUGUCUAAACAAAGUUUAGUUUCAAAUUGUGAGUGCACAGAGGUGUGGGGGUAAAUCGUAUAUUCUAUGCCAUAAUUGGCAACAUAAUUUGGUCGGGUAUACUUAGAAAUGUGUAAAAGUGCGAGAGCAUUUUGUUUUCAAGUUACUACUUUUGCGCAAAAGCUUUCUGAUUCUGUCAUGCACAUAGUGACCGGUUUUAAAGUGCAUUGUAUAAUUAUAGAGGGGCCACACCUACAGGAAAUUUACUGGUAAAACCUCCAGCAUAUACGUUGCAUCUAGAAAUUCUCAUCUGACUUAAAGUAAGCAAGCCGAUCUUUAGAAGCACUGUGAAAAAAUGGGAGUAUUGCUUUAAAAAAAGAAACGGUUAGCCAGUGUGAUGUUACUAGGCUGGAUGAAAAGCUUUUGUCAAUGUUCUAGUGGCUGCAUUUUGAACAAGCUGUAGUAUGUACAAAAUAUGUAUGUAUGUCCAUCUCCAGGUCAUCUUGACCUGGAGGGGGGAAAAAGAAUGAGUUAAUUUUUUUUUAUUUAUUUUUUUUUUAUUUUUUUGAGGCAAGGUCAUAUGCAGUGUUCUUGUGACGAAAGAAUGUGUUUUUGGUGACAUUGUUUGAUUGAUUUAAAGGUCAAAUCAUAGUUAAGAGCAACAGAUUCUUCACAUCAGACUUUAUUUUAGUGCCAGGUUAUCUAGUUUUAUUUACAUUUUUAUAUUUAACACCAGCUGUGUUAUUGAGGCUAAACGCAUAGUGGUGUGCCCUAAAGUCCUAUACGGGUCAUCUGCUGUCUUAUAUAUGCAGUAUCUUUUAUGUGAAGUAGCCUUAUGCCUGCACUAAUUUAGAUUUAUACAAAGACUGGUUGAAAACACAGUGGAUUGUGGGUACUUAAAUUGGUUUCUAAUCCAUUCCUCUGGGACUGCCAUAGCACCUGCAUUUGGCCAUGUUUAGUUCAAGCCCACUUAAUUAAAUUCAGGUAAUUGGAUAAUGCACUCUUAAUCAAAAAUGUCGUGGCGGUUGCAGUAGAGACUCAUGUAUGGAAUUACAUGGUGGCUGAGAACAGGGUGUAGAAAGUUGAUUGUGGGAAAUCAGGAGUAGUCAUUCAAAGGGCUUGUCAGCUGAAGCUGGCAUUUCUUCGUUUGCAUCACUUAUCCCCUUUGGUGCUUACUAGUCUGAGUCCACUUCCCCCUUGUGCUACAGAGCAUCCCUGGUCAUCUUAACUUCUCGAUUAUUAAAUCAGACAAUCUUAUUGAGUUGCGUUUGAGUGCAUUUAGGCAUGAUUUGUCAGCAGAUGGAUAUGAAAAGAUGGCUGGAGCUUUCACAAAGAAAGCUUGUUAAAGUCAGCGCAGGUCGCUGCUACAGUGAUCAGGUGAAAAACUGAUUUUACCCACUACAUUAGUUCAUUUACAUUUGAUAUAGCAUUUUCGGGAGGUUCUCAAACCUUCCAGGCUUCUCAUGAUGUAUAUUUAAUGAGUAUAGGAGUAAAUCCUAAUGUCAUAAAGAUAUAGCGUGUAGUAGAGCUGUACCCUCCAGAACUGUAAUGCCCAACCAAGCUUGCAGACACCAGUUAUCUGUUCCAUGUUGGUCCCUGUGAGCCUAAUCCCAGCCAGAAACUUGUAUCUAAAUUUUGCAUGUCUUGCUGCAAGAUUUGUUUGCACAUGGUUGAGUGCUCUUCUGUAAUACAUGAAAGACCAAGAGGACUGAGUUGGGAGGCACUUGGGCUGUUUAGAUAUUAAGAAAAGGGAUGCUCUGUAUUGCCCCCAGUCUUAGCAACUAAGGCUUGUUACUAAGUUAUAUUUUCAGAUAUUAAAAAGAUUUCUUUUUAUCUAAAGCCACACAAUGUUUGGGAAGAUUUUAGAUCAAGACUGUGGAAGUUAUUUUAAUGAAAUGUAUGAACAGAUUUUUUAAAACUAUUUUCAUAUGUUAUAAAUGCAUGCGUAACGGUUUAUGCACGCUUUUGACUUCUAUCUGCACUGUAGAAUCAGCUUUGGACUUGCCAUCAAUGUAUUAAAUGAAUACCCGCUGCAAGGUUAAUUAAAACGCAGUUAUAUUUUCUGCCACAAGAGGUAGCUGUUGAACAGCUUGGAGCUAAAUCGUGCUCUGAAGAGAUUGCCAUGUUUUUUGACGUGAUUAAAUGUUAUUUUCUGUGUCAUUGUGCUUGAGCCUGUAAUUGUUUCGUAGCUUAUUUGUAGUUUGAAUAUAGAAAAAAAAAACUAAAUAUUUGAUUUGUCAUACCUUUACAAAAGUUACUCUUAAUUUUCAUUAUUUUGAUAACCAGGGAAUCGACCAUUGUUGUAAAUAAUAUACCUAAACCAUAGGUGCUUCUAACAGAAUAUUUUUAAGACUGUAUCAUGACGAUAUUUUACAAAAAAAAAUAAAAUAAAGAAUUUAAUUGAAUGUG